GCGCCAGCGUAUAAAACGGAGGGGCUCGGUCCGAGAUACUCACACUCAAAGUGAAGCUCGACACAGGCAUCGCACACACAAACCGUAAUCAUGUCCAGCAGCGAUAAGUCCAAGACUUCUUCCCAGACUGACGGAAAGGCUGCCCAGAGCAAGAAGUCUGAGAUGGGAAUGAUGGCCUACAAGAUGUACGUGUUCGACCAGGAGAACUUCCAGGGUCGCAUGAUCGAGAUCAGCAACGAGUGCAUGAACGUGUGCGAGAUGGGCAUGGACCGCGUGCGCUCCCUCCGCGUUGAGUGUGGACCCUUUGUUGGCUUCGAGCAGAUGAACUUCUGUGGUGAGAUGUACAUCCUGGAGAAGGGAGAGUAUCCUCGCUGGGACUCCUGGAGCAACUGCCAGAAGAACGACUACCUGCUGUCCUUCAGGCCUGUCAGAAUGGACCCCGAGAAGCACAAGAUCUGCCUGUACGAGGUCGGAGAGUUCAAGGGCCGCAAGAUGGAGAUCAUGGACGAUGACGUUCCCAGCAUGUUCUCUUAUGGCUUCACUGAUAGAGUUGGCAGCAUCAUUGUCAGCUGUGGAACCUGGGUGGGUUACCAGUUCCCUGGAUACCGUGGCAGCCAGUACCUGCUGGAGAAGGGCGACUACAGGCACUUCAAUGAGUACGGCGCCCGCUACCCUCAGUUCCAGUCUGUGAGGCGUAUCCGUGACAUGCAGUGGCACCAGCAGGGCUGCUACACCAUGGCCAACAAGUGAAGCUCAGGGAAGGAGAGAAAGAGAAAGAGCAGUGGUGAGGGAGCGGGGCAGAGGAAGAAGGAAAGGCAGAGAGAUGUCUGAUGUACCUUAAAUGGUCUAUGAUGCAGCGAGGGGAGGGGGAGAGGAUCCAGAUCUGCUCCGGAUCAGCGACAACACUGCAGUGGAAGCAGCAGCUGGACCAGAAGAACCACCAGACCAUCCUCCAUCCCUCUCUGUCUCCACUUUUCUCUUUCUCUGCUGUGGGCUGAGCUGUACAUUCCCCCCUUUUUCUCUAUUUUUUAUUUUUAUUUUUUUUAGUUCCUAACUUAAUUCCUCUUCACUGUCCUCUGAGACACCAACAAUGAAAUGCUGUUUUACAUACAUGAUUCUUGGUGUGAUGCACCAUGGGAAAUUGAGUCCCUCGAGCUCCCCACCUUGACUUCCUGCCCUCGUACACACUCUCUCUGCUGUACAGAAUCCUGGCCAAGUUUUCAAUAAAAAUGAAAAUUUUGAUUUCAAA